GCGAUGGGCAAGAAGCAGGCGCCGGCGCUGGGGCGCUCCCUCCGCCGCGGGGUCCGGUCGGCCGGGGCGGGAUGGCGCCACACGAGCGAGCUGAGCGAGCAGGGCCGCGGCCCCCCGCCGCAGUCGGUGACGGAGCAGAGCCCGCUGGAGGCCUUCCUGGCGGCGGCGGAGCUGGCGGGAGCCGCCUUCGCCGCAGAGAAGCUGAACGUGCGCUUGGCCCCCGGCUGCGGGGCUGCAGAGGAAGCCGGCCGGCCGCGGGAGGAGGAGGAGGAGGAGGAGCGGGUGCUGCGCAUCCCCAGAAGGCCGCCAUGGGAUGAACAAACAAGCCCUACAGCAUUGGACCAGGCCGAAAGAGACAGCUUCCUGAGGUGGAGGAGGCGGCUUGCUUGGCUGGAGGAAGAGGAGAACCUCCUGCUGACCCCAUUUGAGCGAAAUUUGGAUUUCUGGCGUCAGCUCUGGAGAGUCCUGGAGAGAAGUGAUGUCGUGGUUCAGAUCGUGGAUGCCAGGAACCCCCUCCUGUUCAGGUGCCGAGAUCUGGAAUGCUACGCUAAGGAACUCAGCCCGGAGAAGGAGAACCUCAUCCUGCUCAACAAAGCGGAGCUGCUGGGGGAGGAGCAGCGCUCGGCCUGGGCCCGGUUCUUCCAGCGGGAGGGGGUCCGCGUGGUCUUCUGGUCGGCCUUGGCAGAGGGGAGCCGGCUGGGGGCCACCCCUGAGGAGCUGGAAAGCAAGGAGGAGGAGACCACCCACCGAAGGAGCCCCCCCGGCCCCCAGCAGGAGAGCGACACGGAGGAGGAAGAGGGUGAGGUGUAUGAGGACUGUGAAGAGGAGGAAGAGGAAGAGGAGGAAGCCUGGCUGACCUGCUCUGAGGAUGGGGAGCACGAGAGCCCCGUUGCGCCCGUGGGGAGAAGCAGGCCUGAGCUCUCACAACCCCCACCGCCCCCCCAGGGCCCCCCCGUCAGAAACAGCAGCCGCCUGGUACAAAGAGAGGAGCUGCUGGAGAUACUUAAGGCCGUCCACGCUGGGAGGAAGAAGGUCCGGGAGGGAGAGCUGACCGUUGGCCUGGUGGGCUACCCCAACGUGGGGAAGAGCUCAACCAUCAACACCAUCCUUGGGAAGAAGAAGGUGUCUGUCUCCACCACGCCAGGACGCACAAAGCACUUCCAGACGCUGUUCGUGGAGCCCUCCCUUUGCCUUUGCGACUGUCCCGGCCUGGUGAUGCCCUCCUUCGUCUCCACCAAAGCCGAAAUGGUUUGCAGCGGCAUCUUGCCCAUCGAUCAACUGCGUGACCACGUCCCCCCCGUCACCCUCGUCUGCCAACGGAUCCCUCGGCCAGUCCUGGAGGCCACCUAUGGGAUCAGCAUCCUCCGGCCACGCGAGGAUGAGGACCCGGACCGGCCACCCACACCGGAGGAGCUUCUCUCGGCCCUGGGCUGCAUGAGGGGCUUCAUGACGGAUCACGGGCAGCCAGACCAGCCACGCUCAGCCCGCCUGGUGCUGAAGGACUUUGUGACGGGCAAGCUGCUCUAUUGCCACCCACCUCCGGGGACGGAUGCCAAGCUCUUCCAGCGGGGGCUCGAGCGGCUUCGUGCCAGCAAAGGGGCAGCAGUGCAGAGGGACGGGGAGCCGCCGCCUGGCAGGGGCCCCAGGGCAAAGCAGGUGGAGAACCCAGUGGACCUGGCCUUCUUCCACCAGGAGAACGUCCGGGCCCUGACCAGAGGCAACCGGGCCGGGCUGGGCUACCCAGCAGGGACGGCUGCCCACCCCCUUUCCGGACCUGGCUUGGCCGAUGGAGCCGGGAAGCCGUGGAAGAGGCACGGCAACAGGAACAAGAAGCAGAAGCUGCGCCGCCUCACCCGGCACCUGGAGGCCUGAUGGGGGGAGGCCGGGGGGGGGAGGGCAGCAGAGGCUCCCGAGGGAAGGGGCUGUCCUGGCGCCCUCGGGCGUGGGGAAGGGGCUCACCUCAGAAAUAAAGGACGUUUCCGAA